AUGAGCAUCCGGAUGAUUGCCGAGGCUGUAAACGCCGAUAAAGAAACGGUUAGAAAAAUUUUACAUGAGGAAUUACAUAUGACAAAAGUCUGUGCGAAGUUGGUGCCAAAAAACCUGACUCCUGACCAAAAGUUCUUGCGUCAACAGGUCUGCUCAGAUUUCCUUGAAAAGUUAAAAAAAGAUCCCGGUCUGAUGAAAAACAUUAUAACUUGCGACGAAACAUGGAUUUUUCCAUACGAUGUCGAAACGAAGCGACAAUCGAUGCAUUGGAAGACACCUGAAUCGCCCAGAAUCAAAAAACAAGGAUGUCCAAAUCAAAAUUUAAGGCAAUGUUGA